UGCUAUGACAACGCAUGGCGGAGUGUGUCAACGAAAGAUGCUACUGAAUCCAAAAGCUGCAUGUUCGUAUUACUGUCACGUUGAGACCCAAAUGCUGAGUUGCGUGUUAAUUAUUGAUCAAUGCUGAAGUGCAUAUUACACAGAGCGAAGAUGUUCCAAAAGCUGGGUGUCAUCACACAAGAAGAACAAAUCGUCACCGACUAAAAUUAACAGACCUUUCCACUUACAUAAUACAGCAUGUCACUUUUUAAAGCAAGAGACUGCUGGUCAACUGUGUGUGGUGUGGAUGAGACCUUUGAUAAAGGAUGCUUUUGUGUUAGCAGUUUGGACACAGAUCCCUCACAGAGUGAUAAGGUACUGGUGGGAUCUCAUUCGGGUGUUCUUCGUAUAUACGAACCAUCCUGUAACCAGCUUGAAGAUGGUACAUUUGUACAGUUUAGGCCUGAAGAUGUUCUACUGGAAUACAAAAUGGCACAUCCUAUUUUGCAUGUGGCCGUUGGACACUUUGUGUCUGGCUCUAAGAAAAUCUACAUUGCAACUCUGCAUCCUUUGAAGUUGUCCAUCCUGAGCUUCACAGCUGACGGUGAUACAGACCAUGGUGCUCGCUACGCAUUAAGUGUGGUCUGCGAACAUACACUUCAAUAUAGUGCUUGCUGUCUGGUAACUGGGUCAUUUGGUGGUGCGAAAGGAAGAGAUCUCCUCUGCAUUCAAAGCCUCAAUGGAUCCCUAAUGUUUUUUGAACAAGAGAGCUUUGCAUUUACAAGGUUCCUACCAGAUGUCCUCCUCCCAGGACCCAUUGCCUAUAUUGCAAAGACUGAUUCUCUUGUAACAAUAUCUACUGCCUUGGAACUGGAAAGUUACAGAUUUCAGGUUCUUGCAAUCGCAUCUGAGACUGCUGACCCCUCCCAGUCUAGCUCUAGCAUACAAAAGGGGAAGCCAGUUGUUGCUGACUGGUGCUUCUCUCUGGGAGAACAACCUUUAGACAUUUCUGUUGUUGAGCUUCCAAAUGGCCUCGCUUCAUUGCUAAUCCUUGGUGAACGAAUGCUCUUUUCCUUUAAGCCAAAUGGAAUUAUUCAGUUUUCGAUGAAGAUGGACUAUACUCCAGCCUGUAUUUUUCCAUAUUCAAAUGAAAGUGGAGAAACUGUCCAAAUGUUGGUGGCAACGCAAUCUAGCUCCCUUCUAAUUUAUCAAGAUACAACACUGAAGUGGGCUGCCCGUUUGGACUAUACACCUGUCGCUCUGGCCAGAGCCAAUGUCAGAGGCAUCAAAGGAAUGAUUGUUGCAUUAUCAGAAGGAGGGAUGCUGAGUUGCUGCUACCUAGGAACAGAACCUUCGCUCUUCUCAUCUCCAGUUCCGGAGACGCGUGCAUUUGUUUUUGAAGAAGCUGAACGUGAACUGCAGAAUUUACGAAGAAUUAUCAGUUCAAGCAUGAGCAGUGUUCCAAGUUCUAGCACACCAGAAACUGAGCUGAAGGUCAGACUGCAAACAAGCACAAUGUCAGAAGUGUCAUCUGUUGGUCAUGACGGGCCUGAUGAUGAAGACCUCGUUUCAAUCCCUGCAGCAGUAGUAAAGAUUCAUCUUCAGGCUUCCAGCCAUUUAAGUAAUAUUCGUGUUUGCAUCGAUGUCACCAAACCAUUGUCUGCUACUCCUGCUGAAUUCACAUUGGACAGCCUGUCUGAUCACCAUCAAGCAGUGAUUACAGUUCAACAAACAGGUCGAGCAAUACCGAGUUCCUUGGAAAUGGGAGUCGUUGCCAUAUUUCAAAACAGCAGUGGGGCCACCAGACUAGCACAAGCCACUCUACACUUGCCAUUGAUAUUAGUUGUUAGACCAUGCUUGCCAAACAAGUCCUGGGAACACAAAGUAACACUAGAAAUGGAUAAACAAACAGUUCCACUGAAUGAGUUGUUUCCAGAGUAUGUAUGUGACAAAGACUCUCAGGACAUAGCAAUGGAAUUUUUUGAUGGAUCACAGGUGGCAGUCCUAGCAUCUCCAUCUUCUCAAAAAUACAGGCUUCAAGGCAGCUGCCUUGCUGUUCUAUUACUUCCAGCUUUAGAGCUUCUGCGGCGUUUGAAUCGAUAUUUCAAACGUGUAGCACCCCAGGCUGAUUCUCCGAAGUUCAGUUUUGCCUCAUCCUUACCACUGCAAGAGUACUAUGAUGUUAUGGACAAACAUUUUGAAGUAAGGCUCAAAGUAAUGGAAGUUGAGGAGAUCUUGGGACACAGGGCUGCUCAAUUUCGAGUAGUACAGAAAUGUGUGUUAACGAAGCUAAAGGACAAAACACCAAUGCCACUGAACAAUUUAGAUUCUUUGUUGGAUGUUACACAGAGGGAGUUAUUCUCAUUGGCUAACACUAUCGUCGACAUGCACAAAACACUUGAAAGUGCCCUUUCUGAACUCAGCUGUGCAACUCAGUUGAUGCUGUUACUUACAAAGUUGAAGGCUUCCCUUUCAACAGAAGAGUACAAACUUUUGCAAGCUGCAUUUUCUGUCGAUAAUGAGCUCUUCAUGAACAAGGGUUGGGCAGAGAGAACUGAAGCCAGUAUUACUCAACUUCUGAACACUUCUAAUAAGAAUGGAAAGCAGGAUGAUCAUCCUCUUCCAUCAGAACUUAUUUGUCCAACCAAUCUUUCAAAGCUCAAAAAGCUCAUCGCCUUGAUAUUUGAGCAGGUAUUGAAUGGGGGGAGACUGGUUCUCACUGAACAGCCCGAUAAUCGUGGUGGCAAUGAAGCAGGCGGUAGAUACAACAAAGAUGUGAAUAAAAUAGAAGAGGAACCUUUUGAAUUAAGUGCCUCGUCGCUAGCAUCCCCUACUCAUCGAAUUUGCACUGCUGAUUCACCGCAAAAUGAAGAACUUCAGAACUGGAUGCCAGACCAACAAGACCCUGCAGAGCUCGAAAAUGUAGCGCAAACUUAGCACAGAUAUUUUGUUACUCC